UGGACUACUGUGCCCAGCCUGAGUUCCAGCCUCACUGAGUGGCCACUCCCAAAGCACUUCCAGCCGAGGAAGCCCCCAGCACUGACCAUGUCUAUUAUGGACCACAGCCCCACCAUGGGCGUGGUCACAGUCAUCAUCAUCCUCAUUGCCAUCGCAGCCCUGGGGGCCUUGAUCCUGGGCUGCUGGUGCUACCGGCGGCUGCAGCGCAUCAGCCAGUCGGAGGACGAGGAGAGCAUCGUGGGGGAUGGGGAAACCAAGGAGCCCUUCCUGCUGGUGCAGUACUCGGCCAAAGGACCGUGCGUGGAGAGAAAGGCCAAGCUGAUGACUCCCAAUGGCCCGGAAUUCCAUGGCUGA